AUGCCCAAGUGCAUGUCGGCAUUGGUAUCACGAGUAGCACACAUUCGUAUCACGCGUAACACGCGGUUUUCUCCUUAUAUGUACACGGCAUGGAGGUCGCACAAGCAUAGCCGGCGUAUGGAGUCGUUGAGCAGCGUGGGCUCCGUGGCCGCAGCGCCACCUGCAGAGCGGCUGGCGGAGCGCCCGCACGUCGUACUUCUGGCUAGCCCCGGCGCCGGCCACCUCAUCCCCCUGGCCGAGCUGGCGCGGCGGCUCGUCGAGCUCCAUGGCUUCGCGGCCACGGUUGUCACGUUCACCAACUUCUCCGCCCCAGAACUACUUGCUUGCCUCCCCGCCUCCGUCGCCACCGCCGCGCUCCCCGCCGUUCAGAUCGACGACCUCCCCGCCACCGCCCGCAACGGCGGCGUGCUCGUGGAGCUCAGCCGCCGCUCCCUCCCCAAUAUCCGCGCCCUCGUCCGCUCCAUCAGCAACUCCAGUACAGCCCCGCUCGCCGCGCUGGUGCCGGACUUCUUCUGCUCCAGUGCGCUGCCCAUCGCCGUCGAGCUCGGCGUCCCGGGAUACCUCUUCGUCCCUAGCAGCCUGGCCUAUGUCGCCUUCACACGCCACAUCGUUGAGCUCAACCAAGGCGCCGCUCCCGGCGAAUACCGCGAUCUUGUGGUGCCUCUCGAGCUUCCCGGCGGCGUCUCGCUAUGCGGCGCGGACCUCCCGGACCCGGAGCACCAGCUUUACCCGCAACUUGUCGAGUGGGGCCGGAGCUACUGCCUCGCCGAUGGCGUGCUGGUGAACACGUUCUACGAGAUGGAACCUGCUACCGUGGAAGCGUUCAAGCAGCUGGCGGUGCCGGAACAAGGUUCAUGCGCGUUCUUCUUCCCGCCGGUGUUCCCCGUGGGGCCAUUCGUCAGGCAGACAGACCGCCACGAACCCACCGCCGGUGCGUUGUCGCCGUGCUUGGAGUGGCUUGAUCGUCAGCCGGCCGGUUCUGUGGUGUACGUCGCCUUCGGGAGCGGCGGAGCACUUUCUGUGGAGCAGACGGCCGAGCUCGCGGCUGGUCUCGAGGCGAGCGGCCAAAGGUUUCUUUGGGUCGUGCGGAUGCCAAGCACCGACGUCGGCCGUUGCGGUGCCGGCGGCGACGAUCCGUUGGCGUGGCUCCCCGAGGGCUUCUUGGCGAGGACAAGUGGGAGGGGCCUAGCCGUGGCGGCGUGGGCGCCUCAGGUGCGCGUGCUGGUUCACCCUGCGACGGCCGCCUUCGUGUCGCACUGCGGGUGGAACUCGACGCUGGAGAGCGUGGGCUGCGGCGUGCCCAUGCUCGCGUGGCCGCUGUACGCGGAGCAGAGGAUGAACGCCGUUCUCCUGGAAGAGAAGCUCGGGAUGGCGCUGCGGGUGCCGCCAGCACGAGAGGACGGCCGAUGCUUGGUGACGCGCCACGAGAUCGCCAAAGCUGUGAAGGAGCUCGUGGAGGGCGGUCAGAAGGUGCGCCGCCGGGUCGAGGACCUGCAGAAAGCGGCAGCACGUGCGUGGUUGCCGGAGGGGACGUCGCGCCGGGCGCUCGAGCAGGUCGCCGUAAAGUGGAAGGCGGCGCUCGGCACCGCGAAGUAA